AUGAAUGAAGAAACAUCUCUUUUGGCUGGUCCUGUUCGCGGCACGGAUCAUUUCCGUUAUUCCUUACCUUUCUUUGUUAAGCUUUUGGCUUGUAUCAUGCUAGGAAUACUCCCUUUGUUUGAUCAUGUGAUUUUCAAAUCUCUUGAUUCUAUUUUUGGCAAUCACUUCGAUAAGUUAUUUUCCGUCUGGAGAUUCUUUCUCCCGUUCAUUUGCGACCAUCUACAGGCCGGAUGUUGGCGUCAUCUACAGCCAGCACUGGAAAAUGUGGCAUAUUUUUGUUUAAUCCAGGGAAAGGCGUUAACAUCGCAAGCUGCCGCAAAGUCACUCUCUGUAGAUACCGUUUUGAAGGGGAUUGUGUUAAAGGCAUUGCCUACAGCAGUGGCAAUCGGUGAAGCUUUGAACAUCCUGCUGCCUUGGUGGCUUGCAUUUUUCAUUGUGAUAGCUGUUCUCUUUUUCAUGGGAUCCACAUCCUACUUUAUUUUUAUUCCUCUGGCAAAGAAGAUACAGGAACUCAAAGCGAAACGAGACGCGGCGAGAGAAGAGCUAGACGACAGCUUUGAACAAACUCAGUACGUUGCGUGCCUGAAGCUAGAUGCAUACGUGCGCGACCUCGAGCUGGCAAUUCUCGUCUUUGGGCUCAUCGCCUUUAUUUCGUCUGUGGAGCUUGAGGGAAAUGAGCGUCAGUAUUAUCGACUUGUUGCGAAGCUCUUCUCAAUGCAUGAAGCAUUCAAUAAGAUGGCGCAGAGCUUUUCUAACGCCAAAACAAUAAUAAGCCUACCGAAAACAUGGAAGAGCCUCGCCACGAACAUAUAUAGGGCCUGUGGGGAAACCUGGAAGGUUCCGCCAAUGGCGUUAGGAGAAGUGGCGGAGUUUCAAGCCUUCGGUCAGCAACUUUUCUGCGUGUUCCAAAGGUUUCCCACCACUAUGAAGCCGCUUGAAUCGACAACUACGAUAGACUUGGAAGCAAAUAUUAGUGAAACAUCAGGAUGGACGGGAGAUACAUCAUCGUUUUUGAGUACAUUGCGCUUAUAUAAGAUUGGGAAUCAGAUCCGGGGUCUGACUAUCUCAACCCGCGGGCAUAUAGUCCUCGAUGGUAUUAUAUGGCCUUAA